AUGUCUAGGCGGCCUGGAGCAGGGCCAGAUAAGGCAGAGCAGAACCGCGCGACGCUCAAGCAGCUGGUCAAGCUCGAGUCGAACAAGAGCUGCGCCGACUGCAAGCGAAACAAGCACCCGAGAUGGGCGAGUUGGAAUAUCGGUGUGUUCGUCUGCAUUCGUUGCUCUGGCAUCCACCGCGGGAUGGGCACACAUAUCUCGCGUGUCAAGUCCGUAGACCUUGACUCCUGGACAGACGAACAGAUGCAGAGCAUGCUACGGUGGGGCAACGCAAGAGCGAACAAGUAUUGGGAACACAAGCUGGCUGAAGGCCAUGUACCCAACGAGGCCAAGAUUGAGAACUUCAUUCGUACAAAAUACGAUAGCAAAAGAUGGUGCAUGGAUGGACCAAUACCUGACCCGAGCACGCUGGACGAUGGAGAAGAUAACGAUGAUGUGCCGUUGAACGUGGUGCAGCAGCAAGUCAAAGAGCGUGAACGAAGCGCGAGUAUCAGGAAUGGUCAGGCUCCAGCUGCGGGCAUACCACAGCCACCAAGGCAGAGGCAACCACAGCCAGAUUUAUUUGGUGAUAUACCUGAACCUACUGUGAACCAACCUGCUCGACCUAGCACUACGGAGCCAGCUGUGAGCAGACCUGCGCCUCCCAAAGCUGCUGCAAAGCCGGGUGAGAGCUUACUAGGACUCGAUUUCUUCGGUGGAACGCAAUCUGCUUCACCAGCACGACCCUCGAGCACUGGACCGAACGCGGGUGGCGGUAGGACUGAUCUGAAGCAAUCUAUCCUGUCACUGUACGCUUCAAAGCCCGCGCCUGCGCCAUCGCAGCCUGCAGCCAGCGCCUUUUCAGGUAUGCAGUCGCCCAUGCAGUCUCCUCUCACGUCUCCCACCCAAUCCAACGCACAGGCGCUUGGUGGGCUUGGAGACGCCUUUGGAGGUCUUUCAUUCAACAGCCCGCCCGCCCAAGCGAAGCCAGCGCCAUUCUCCAACUUUGCGCCUCCAAGUGGACACUCACGGCAAGCAUCGACCCAGAAGGCUUCAACGCUGAGCGGAGGUGGUUUCUUUGAUGCUAAGCCAGCUCCUCCGCCCAAGCAGACAUCUCCAGCACCCGCCCCUGCCAAUAGACAAGCAAGCAACAGCUUUGGGGCUGAUUUUGGCGAUUUCUCGUCUGCCGCGCCUGUCACGUCGGCCAAGAGUCCACCCGUGAACACUAGCAGCAUGGGUGAUCUCUUUGAUAUGUCGGCACCUGCACCGCCACCCAAGCCUGCUGCGCCAACAAACAACCCACCUCCUAUUCAAACGGCAAAAUAUUCUGCGUUCAACCUCUCUCAGCCAGCACCUGCACCAGCCGCUCCAAAGCCAGCUACCACGACAACAUUUUCGAAUGCCAAUGUCUGGGAUUCAAACGAUGCUUGGGCAACGCCAGACCAGCCCUCAACAGCCGCCGCUAUUUCAAAGCCAGCUCCGCAACGCUCAUCGAUAUCUUCGCCAUCCUUCAAGUCCAAUCCAGCACCGGCUCCGGCCAACACGUCGACCAGCGUUGGCGGGUUCAGUGUCCAGCAGGAUGAAGAAUUCGGAGGAUGGUCGCACGCAAGUCCCGUAGCACAGACUCCGGGCGGUGCAAAGUCGGGCGGCGUUAAUAAUACUGACGACUUGUUUGGCAACGUCUGGGGAUAG